UGUUCCCCCACUAACUGGCUUUUAAAGGAACCCCUCAACGCUCCACUCAUCCCACCGGUCCUCCGGUGACCACUAGUGCAAGAUAUGUUCUCGGCGCUCAGCCAAGCGGCCGGUGUGCUGUUGCGCUCUCUCAUCGCAGCCGUCUUUGGGGCAGCUGGUACAGUGAUCGGCGCUUUGGGCGGCAUCCGUGCAGGCUUUAUAAACGAGGAUGGUAUGAUGCAGGGGGCGCUGAUGGGUGCGAUCACGGGAGCUAUUGUCUCGGUGGAGCUUGCUAAGUCCCUCCUUAGCAUAUUUUUGUCCAAUGACUACUCUGUGGAAGCGCGGAUCAGACGGAUGCGGCUUGAGCUCCAGCACCUCACAGCGGCCAUGCUCCUGCGCGGCUCGGUGUUCGGAAGCAUAGGUAGCGCGUUAGACAGCCAGAUAGACGCACUACAGCGCCAGUCUUACCAACGAGAGCCUGGUGGCGACCUCUUUGAGCCGAGUUACCAUGUGAUGGCCGCGGGGAGGGCUUCAGUCGACAGGCUGCCGGUUACGCAGGCCACAAAGGAAACAGUAGGACAGCAGACCACCUGCCCCAUCUGUCUUCAUGUUAGCACACUUGGCCCUCUCUCUAUCUCUCCGCUAACUGCUAGCUUGAUAUCAGAGGUAGUAGUUUCAUAUUGGCAAAAAGAGAGAGAGAGAGGUAGUUGUUUCAUACCGAAGUGCAGUUGUGUAUUGACGCAAGAGGUGCUGUGUGUACUUGUUUUCAUCAGGAGUUCCAAGCCGGUGAGAGCGCCAGGAGGCUACCUGCAUGCUGCCACUUGUUCCAUCUGGUCUGCAUCGAUAACUGGCUUAUGUUGAAAUCCGACUGCCCCGUAUGCCGCCACACUGUUUACUAGCAAAGAGCAUCUCGAUAUAUCAAAGUGCCCCGCCGCAUUUGUAUUUUAUCUAACGUGCGAGUAUUUACGUUUAUCUUUGCGCAGAUGUUUUUGCGCUCCCAAUUCCCUUCCAUCCAAAAUAUAUGUCAUUUUAGAUAUACAUGUCCAAACAUAUAUAUGUAAGUUUGACCUUUAUUACCUCGGCCUUAUUAAAUUUUACUUAAACGUGCAAAUUCGUUUCUGAGUCCAGGCUCAGGGCUCAGCUGCACCUGAUAUAUUAUCCAUCCUGUCACAUGAGGAUUCAUGUUGCAAAUUGAAUUCUAACA